GUGCUGCCCCUGGUGUCGAUGUUACCUAAAAGAUUUAGUGGAUGUAAGAUGAGGAUGGUCAUUUGUAGGGGGAAAUGUAAGCUGGGAUUGACUAUGGUGGGAUGGGUACCUCGCCCUGAGCCUGAGCCACCACUGUGGUCAGAUGCCCACCCAGACCCUUCCCUAGACUUUGUGCUGGUGCGCCCGGAGUUCGCACCUUAUGUCACGUUCCUGACCUAUUUCUGUUAGUUUGUUGUAUGUGUUAGUUGGUCAGGACGUGAGUUUGGGUGGGCAUUCUAUGUUUUCCGUUUUUAUGUUGGUUUAUGGGUUGCCUGGUAUGGCUCUUAAUUAGAGGCAGGUGUUUGGCGUUCCUCUAAUUAAGAGUCAUAUUUAGGUAGGUUGUUUCACAGUGUUCGUUGUGGGUGGUUGUCUCCUGUGUCAGUGUUUUGUCGCACCAUACAGGACUGUUCGGUUUGUUUGUUCAUCGUCAUUUAUGUGUAGGCUAUUUUCCCUGUUCGUGCGUUCUUCGUGUUUAUGUGAGUUCGUCGUCCAGGUCUGUCUACACCGUUUGUUGUUUUGUUAGUUUUAGUCAAGUUCGUGUGUUAGUGUUUUCUUUAAUAAAUUAUAGUGAUGGAACCCGCUGCGCCUUGGUUCCAUCACUACUCCUCCUUUCGGUUGAAGAGGAGGAGGACCACCAUUACAGGCCAGCAAAGAGGCAAGCGUGUGUGCGGUAUUGCACAGGACAACAGUGAAGUUUGGCUAAAGAUGUAGGCUCAUUCAUAGCCAUCAUUUUGUAGGCUAAAUAUAAGGCCUAGUACUGCAGUGAAUUUAGAACUACCACUCGUGCUUUGCAAGACGGAACAAAUCUCUGCUGGUUUCCAGAGUUUAUGCUCUCGAAGUCAAAUGGUGUCAGCAUUGAACUGCGUCACUCAAAUGUAUCAAUCGUUAAACAUCUAGGUGACGGGUUGCGUGUCUUUUCUAUUUUAGGUUGUCAAUUUUGCAACCUAAAAUACUCUCCCUAUCAAUUUAUUUUAUAGCCUAUAUUGUCUUUCUAUUAUCCUACACAAUGUUAUUUCUGAUAUUUUGCAAGGUGUUUAAAACCGUAGGCUACAUAGCAGCGCCAGCUAAUUUCACUAGAAGAAACAAUCAGCUAUAGGGAUGACAGGUGCAAUGUCCGCUUCGCAGGCACGCAGCCACCCUCCACCUUCCCGUGCAGUAGAAUUAUACACCAAUGUUGCUUUUCGACGGUAACACCAGUGUUAUACCCUGAUGUUACAUUAGAGAAAUUGUUUUCCAAAGGAUUAUUUUGGUCCCUGCCAAUAAUUGUAGCUCUAACUUUUGAAUGGUAGGAGCUAUCAGCUCUUAUGACCUCAUCAAUGACCCCAUCUUUAGAAGGGACAGUGACACAACCACAUUUGAUUGCAAUACAGAUCUUAUUUUCUACACACACAAUUCCUUCCUGAUGAUUUUCCCCUGAUGUUUAUGUGAACUUUGCAAAAAAUUUCGAAUGCAUUACAGACACUUUGGGAUGCAUUUUUUUUUUAAUGUUAUCAAAUUGUGACCCAUCUUUCUUCAGGCAGCUUAGUUAUGAACCCCCCCACCCCUGGAAAUAUCACAUUUACAUAAGUAUUCAGACCCUGUACUUUGUUGAAACACCUUUGGCAGCGAUUACAGCCUCAAGUCGUCUUGGGUAUGAUGCUACAAGCUUGGCACACCUGUAUUUGGGGAGUUUCUCCUAUUAUACUCUGCAGAUCCUCUCAAGGUCUGUCCGGUUGGAUGGCGAGUGUCGCUGCACAUAUAUUUUCAGGUCUCUCCAGAGAUGCUAGAUUGGAUUCAAGUCCGGGCUCUGGCUGGGCCACUCAAGGACAUUCAGAGACUUGUCCCGAAGCCACUCCUGGGUUGUCUUGGCUGUGUGCUUAGGGUCUUUGCCCUGUUGGAAUUUGAACCAUCACCCCAGUCUGAGGUCCUGAUCGCUCUGGAGCAGAUUUUCAUCAAGGAUCUCUCUGUGCCUUGCUCCGUUCAUCUUUCCUUCUAUCCUGACUAGUCUCGCUGUCUCUGCCGCUGAGAAACAUCCCCACAGCAUGAUGCUGCCACCACCAUGCUUCACCGUAAGGAUGGUGCCAGGUUUCCUCCAGGCGUGAUGCUUGGCAUUCAGGCCAAAGAGUUCCAUCUUGGUUUCAUCGGACCACAGAAUCUUGUUUCUCAUGGUCUGAGAGUCCUUUAGAUGCCUUUUGGCAAACUCCAAACGGGCUGUCGUGCUUUUUACUGAGGAGUGGCUUCGGUCUGGCCACUCUCCCAUAAAGGCCUGAUUGGUGGAGUGCUGCAGAGAUGGUUGUACAUCUGGAAGGUUCUGCCAUCUUCACAGAGGAGCUCUGUUAGAGUGACCAUCGGGUUCUUGGUCACCUCCCUGACCAAGGCCUUCCUCCCCCAGAUUUCCUAGAGCUGGCCGCCCGGCCAAACUGAGCAGAGUCUUGGUAGUUCCAAACUUCUUCCAUUUUAAGAAUGAUGGAGGCCACUGUGUUCUUGGGGACCUUCAAUGCUAAUUUUAUUGGUACCCUUACCCAGAUUUGUGCCUCGACACAAUCCUGUCUCGGAGCUCUACAGACAAUUCCUUUGACCUCAUGACUUGGUUUUUGCUCUGACAUGCACUGUCAACCAUUAUCGCAAUGAUCCACCAGAGGGCCACAGAAUAAUACCGGACCUGAUAAAACCCUGAGAUGACUUGUAAACGGUGUUGUGACUUGACUUUACCAUUAAUAUGAAGACUGUUAUUUAUCUAAUUACCUAUAUAUGUAACAUUUUUACGCAAUUUAAAUUAAUAAUUUAACAAUUAACUAAUUUGGAUCUGGGGCACCACGAGAGUGGUUCUUUUAGAGUUACCAUUUCCCAAAUUAAACUCUAAAGAUCUUUACAUAUCACAUCUAUAAACAGUCAACUUAUUAAUUUUAACCUCGUAUCAUAUCAUCAUUCUGAACAGUAGUAACCUCCUUGCAUCGGCAAAAGGCCCGAGCCUUGCUUAUGAUUCAGUACUACACAAAUUGGUUUAAUAAUUUAUUUCCUAGGUAAUUAAAUGUUAACAGAGGAUAAACAUAUACACCUAAUAUGUUAAAAACAGGUCCGUAGUGGACUGAGAACAAUAUGGCUGCUUGUUACAAAAGACAUGGAGAGGGUGAGAGAGUGACAGAGACACUUAACGUUGGUAUAUUUAGAAACUACUCUCACUUAAAGUACUCCUAUACUUUGCACACAGACUGCCAUCCGCUUAGAGUAAGCAAUCAUGAAUGUAAACUCCGCAAUAAAAGAAACUUCCUCUCACUGUCAACUGCGUUUAUUUUCAACAAAUUUAACUAUGUAAAUAUUUGUAUGAACAUAACAAGAUUCGACAACUGAGACAUGAACUGAACAAGUUCCACAGACAUGUGACUAACAAAUGGAAUAAUGUGCCCCUGAACAAAGGGGGGGGGGGUUCAAAAUCAAAAGUAAGUCAGUAUCUGGUGUGGCCACCAGCUGCAUUAAGUACUGCAGUGCAUCUUUUCCUCAUGGACUGCACCAGAUUUGCCAGUUCUUGCUGUGAGAUGCUACCCCACUCUUCCACCAAGGCACCUGCAAGUUCCCAGACAUUUCUCGGGGGAAUGGCCCUAGCCCUCACAAUCCGAUCCAACAGGUCCCAGAUGUGCUCAGGUCCCAGAUCCCAGAUUGAGAUCCGGGCUCUUUGCUGGCCAUGAACACUGACAUUCCUGUCUCAAGGGCACAUCCAACAGGUGUUUUACCUCUUCUGCUCUGGGAUUUGAACUUUCAGUACAUAUACCAUAUACCCCUUAAAAUAUCCCUCGGGGAUAAUAAGUCAUGUCAAACUGUGUAGAAUUGCAGGAAAUGCAUUUUUAAAAUGUCCCCAAAAAGUAUGGAGGAGUACCAUUAUAGCUACUGACUGUGUGCAAGACAACAGAGUGGAAAAUCAGGUCAUGAUUUAAGAUGGCUAUUGUCAAGGUGAGUCUAGCUCAGAAACCAGCUAUUCUAGCUAUCUAGGUCUACACUUUUUGAAAUAUAUUCCAUUGGUUAUAGUGCUAGAUCUCUAUAAAUAUGCUGCUUGUUAGCCGUUUAAUUGAUAAAACCAACAGUAGUCUAACAUGUAGGCCUAAUGUCCUAAAAAAUGUUGCAGCAUAGGCCUACACAAUGAUUUCUAUAGGCCUAUGCAAUUAUUGCAAAUGGCAGACGAACGCUCCUCAUAUCAAAGCCACAGGCCUACAAAUACUUUAGUUGAACGUUGAUUAAUAAUAAGGUACUGCCUCCUCUCCAUGAUAUGGAGCCCCCCAUCUAUAGGCACGAGCCAGUUAGAGCCAAAUAUUUCUGUCCAGUCAAUGACGUAGCAGUUCAUGUCGUUACCAUAGCACAUUUAAUGAAGGCUAUUGCUUAUCAUUAUAGCACAGAGUUUCUAAACCCAGAGGUGCAACAUCGCAAGACUUCCUGGAAUGUUUGCGAAAUGGACCAAGCAGACCAGGCUGGGGUUUGAGAAGUCAAUGAGAAAAGUGAAACAUUCUUAAUUAGUUGUUAAUUUUCUCAAAAUCUAAAAGCACAACCUAGUUUCGACCAGGUCUUUAAAUAAUAAAUAAAAAAUGUGGACCCCUUUUUCAUGAUGUCCAAUUGGUAGUUAGUCUUGUCCCAUCGCUGCAACUACCGUACAGACUCUGGAGAGGUAAAGGUGCUCUGAAGGUGAAGGUGCGACAUGCGUGCUCUGAAACACGACCCUGCCAAGCAACACUGCUUCUUGACAUACUGCUCGCUUAACCCGGAGCCAGCCGCACCAAUGUGUCGGAGGAAACGCAUUCCAACUGGUGACCGUGUCAGCAUGCAUUCGCGCGGCCCGCCACAGGAGUCGCUAGAGCCCGAAAGGACAAGGACAUCCCGGAUGACGCUGGGCCAAUUGUGCUCCGCCUCAUGGGUCUCCCAGUUGCGACCGGCUGCGACACAGCCCGGGAUCAAACCCAGAUCUGUAGUGACACCUCUAGCACUGCGAUGCAGUGCCUUAGACCGCUGCGCCACUCUGGAGGUCCUCAAGCUAAUAUCUUAAGAAGUUGAACAUAUUAUUACUCCAACCUCAUGAAAGUGACAAACUAAAACAUUUCAAUUUUUCGUCAAAAACAACUUUGUAUCGAAGGAGUGCCUUUGACUUGAUGGCCUGCACAUGCACAGUUCAGCGCGAGACGACCGUUAGACCUGAUGACGUGUUUCUGUGCAUGAGCUUAGCUAGCCAACAUUGCCAUGACAUUUCCUACAAGUGUGAUCGGGAAUUUCUAUCGGCGAAGCGGUUUCUGCUAUCUUCAUACUCUACUGUCUUUGAUUUUACAUUUCAUUUAACUAUGCAAUUUAUGCUUUGAUGAACAAUCAAAUGUAUUAUUGUCUCUCCAUGUCUCUUUGUAGAUUCCAUACUCAACGCCAUCCUCACUUCAUGACCUAAACUGGUAGGAUAGAUGACAUCUUUGAACUGUGCUGGUCACACAAUUGUGCAAUUGGCCACAACCUUAGAUCUACAAGCAACUAUCUUCGCUGAAUGUAUCAUCCUCACUUGAAAAGACUAUAUUAAGAAGCCUAAACUGCAUCUCUAUCUCUCUCCACUCUUAACCAGAGUGUAUAAUGUCUAAAGUGUGUUUACAGAUUCUUCCCAAUGCCAAGUGCUUAUUCGAUGAGCCAGUGCAGUUAAAGGUGGACAGGCUGAAACCAAGACAGCAGGUGGAUCUGAGGGCAGAAGUAACAGAUGACAAAGGCAUUGUAUUCAGGUCCUCAGCUACCUAUGAGGCCAACUCCAGUGGAACGAUUGAUCUAACAACUGCGUCAUCACUAGGUGGCAGCUACACUGGAGUAGAACCUAUGGGGCUUUUGUGGUCUCUGAAACCAAACACCUUACACACUAAGUUUGUUAAGAAGGUUGUAUCAGCGCCUUGCCUUGUCAAUUUCAGUGUACAUUCCAAGGAUAGUCCAGGGAUACUGGCGGAAGUAAUCAAUGAAAGAAGUCUGCUUGCAGAGGGAGUAAGAAGAAUUCCUGUCAAUGAGGGGAAGAUUCGUGGAGUUCUAUUUGUACCCCCUGAAAUGGGUCCACACCCAGCUGUUUUAGACCUACAUACAUUUGGAAGAGGUCUAUCUGAAACUAGAGCUUCUCUUCUUGCCAACAGAGGUUUUGUGGUCUUUACAGUGUCAUUAUAUGGGCAUGAGGAUAAUCCUAAAAACGUGACCAAGAUCCAUCUGGAGUAUUUUGAGGAGGCGAUUCAGUUCUUGAAAAAUCAGCCGCAGGUUUGCGGCUCUGGAGUAGGUUUGUUAUCACUGUCCAAAAGUGGUGAUUUAGCACUGUCCAUUGCCACUUUUGUGCCAGGCAUCGCCGCUACCGUAUGGAUCAAUGGCUGCAAUGCCAAUGCCAUGAUUCCUCUUCACAACAAAGGCACAGUCAUACCUCCCCUAAUGAUUGAUACCAAAAGAGUCUUUGGUACCAAGUCAGGGGCCUUAAAUGUCAAAGAUGUCAUUAAUGACCCCAUGGCAGUGGAGAAUCAGGCAACACUCAUCCCAAUUGAGAGAGCCAAUGGAUGGUUUCUCUUUGUGGCGGCAGAGGGGGACCAGAACUGGGACAGUUGUUAUUUUGCAGAUCAGGCAAUGCAACAACUGAAGCGUCAUGGGAAGGAUAAUUACGAGUCAGUAUUUUACCCUGGGGCAGGACACUACUUAGAGACACCCUACAUGCCCUUCUGCCCGUCCAGUAUUCAUGGUGUUAUCGGAAAGCCUGUGGUGUGGGGAGGUGUGCCCAGGUCCCACGCAGCAGCAGAGGUCGACCUUUGGAGGAGGAUUCAGGAGUUCUUUAGAACUAACCUGGCAAACGAUAGCAACUUGAGUAAAGCCAAGUUAUAAAAUGUUGAAAUGAGAAUUGGAUAAAUGUGUGGCGCUUAAUGUUUUGCUGUGUAGUAGAGCUUAACUCAUAAUGAACAUAUUUUACAUGAGCUUAACUCACAACUUCAAAAUGCCUUGAUAAUCCAUGCCUGACACAUUGCCCCCCCCCACAAAAAAAACACCUACUACAAUGAAACCCUUCCUUUGGAAGAAGGAUAUCAGGAAUAUUGGCACAGAGCUGUUGUCCUGCCUUUUAUAAUGACAAGUUAUCCAGACUGUGUUUAAACUGUUUAAUUGCAACAUGAAGAGAAACACAUAAUUUAGUUUAUGUAUAUUGUUACGAUGGUUUGUGCCUUUUCAGAGUGGAUUGGCUGUGAAAGAACAGACAUUCAUGUAUUUAGAUGCCAAUCCUUUGUUUCUUGCUACUAUUGUUCACUUUUCAUGAAUGUAUUACAUAUAAUUGAAGUUACCACUAGCAAGUGGUGUACCAGGGGCAGCAAAGCAACCCCACAGAAUGAUCACACCUCCCCCGUAUUUGAUUGAAGGGUGUUCAUUUCUUUGAAUUCUUAAGUUGGUCUUUGGUAAACAUAGGAAGACCCCACCUCUGAAAGAGACAGACAAAACCCUGAUUGAACUUAUGAAAAAAAAAACACCCAAACAAGCCUGAAUCCUGGGGGAAAUGUUCUUUGGACUGAUGAAACAGAAUUAGAACUAUUUGGCAAUACAAAUCAGUGCUAGGUUUCCUGACGACCAAUGGAAGCAUUCAAAGGGGUUGCUUUGCUGCCUCUGGUACUGGGGGCCUUGCACGUGUGCAAGGCGUCAUGAAAUCAGAGGAGUAUCAAGGUGUUUCGGAGUCCAAUGUUAAACCCAGUGUACAAAAAGUGGGUUUCCUUCGAAGGUUGUGGGUCUUCCAGCAGGACAACAACCGCAAACACACAUCAAAAUGCAUGGAAUGGUUCAAGAAAAAUACACGGAACUGUUCUGGAGUGGCCAGCAUUGAUCCUGUGUGGCUCAGUUUGUAGAUCAUGGUGCUGGCAACACCAGGGUUAUGGGUUUGAGUAAUUUAGCUAGGCAAGUCAGUUAAUUAAGAACAAAUUCUUAUUUACAAUUACGGCCUACUCCGGCAAUGCUGUGCCAAUUGUGCGCCACCCAAUCACAGCCAGAUGUGACACCUCCUGCACUGAGAUGCAGUGCCUUAGGGGAGACCGAGUGAAUUGGAGUGGCCAACAUUGAUUCCCUGUCUGAAUCCCAUCAAAAACCUAUGGCGACAUCUGAAAACAGCAGUUGGUCGAAGGCACCCAUCAAACAUUUCAAAAUUGGAGCAGUCUGCAGCUGGUAAGUUUGUCAAACUUCCAGUAGAAAGGUGCAGCAAGCUCAUACUACAAUAAACAUUUGUGGGCAGUUAUUUUGACCAAAGGCUGUGUAAAGGCUGUGUUAGCUCUUUGAUGGGAAUACUUUUGUCCAUUAAGUCCAUGCCAUUUUCUUUUUCUUUUCUAAAUUUUUCUUUUCUAAAUUGUAUACUUAAGUUUCAAAAAUAAAAAGUGUUUCUACAAUGCUGAAAAUCCAAUAAAAAGGUGUUGAGGCCAACAUAAAAAUAUAUAUAUUUAAGAAAAGUGCAAGGGUGUCAAUAUAUUUCACCGGAAUGUAAUUUGAAAAAGUUGGGAUAUGUUUUACAUAUUGGCUUUAUUUAUCUGCAUGGACUGGCUCUGAAUACACUGCGAUCUGGUAACAUAUUUUCAAUAUAAAGGUAGAUGUGAAUGAGGGAAACUUGAGUCCAUCUAUGUAACUCACUUCCUAAUAAUGCAUUUCAAAAGUUUGCAAGAUUGUAAUGAACUUAACAUUGGUCAAUCAUAUUCUUCGGGCUUCUUUUCUAUUCCUAUGGUACUGCUAAAAGUCAAUGUAUUGUAAACUGUCCUGGGUUGUCCAUAGUAGGCUACAUGAAUGACUGAUCUGGCCAUCAGGCUGUAUUAAAAACAUUGGUAGCACUUUACAUAACAACACAAAAUAAAGUGGUUAUAAGAUGGUAACGAGUUCUAGUUACCAAACACAAUUUGCUCGGAUACCCCUUCAUUUCAGUAAAAUUGUUGUUGCAGGACAGUUACAACACAUACUUUGUGCCAUAGUGUACACAAGAACUUUGAUACAGAAAUGCAAUAUCUUCUCUAGUAAAUUUGAUCGUAUGCUUGUUCUUACACAGGUAGCCUCUAGAGGGCAGCAAUGGCUAGUUCAAUGCACAGUAGGCUUUAAAUGAUAAGAUGAAAAUACUGUGUUAGGUUCUGUGAUAUUUUAAAUGGCAAGUGGCAACAAUGGGUAAAUCUCAUCCGAUAGAUGUACAAGGAAUGUGUUACCCUUCAUUAACCAGUCAAUAAAUUAGUCACUGUGAA